AUGUCAGUAGUAAAUACAGGAUUACCUCCAAACUGGACUAUUCGUGUUUCUAAAACACAUAAUAAAGAAUAUUAUUUAAAUCAAGCAACAAAAGAAUCAUCAUGGGAUCCACCAUUUGGUACUGAUGAAAAUGUUCUAAAAGAAUACUUGGCCAAAUUUAAGGCUAAUGGUAAUAAACCGGUUGUAGGACCAAAUGGAGAAGUUAGAGUCUCACAUUUAUUAAUUAAAAACAAUACAUCAAGAAAACCAAAAUCAUGGAAAUCACCCGAUGGAAUUACAUUAAGUAGAGAUGAAUCAAUUGCAAUUCUUAAACAACAUUUAGCAAGAAUUUUAAAUGGAGAAAUUAAAUUAAGUGAAUUGGCCCAAACUGAAAGUGAUUGUUCAUCACAUAGUCAAGGUGGUGAUUUAGGAUAUUUUGGUAAAGGAAAGAUGCAACCAAAAUUUGAAGAAACUGCUUUUGGAUUACAUCUUGGUGAAAUUAGUGAUAUAAUUGAAACUGAUAGUGGAGUUCAUAUUCUUCAAAGAACUGGUUAA